UGGUUUUCAGUGAUUCAGGCAUUCAGCCGAUUCAGUCUUACUGUCUUAGUGACUUGGAGGUGACGCCUCAACCAGGAUACAGUACUGUUAGUCUUUCUCCGUUGCUUGUGCAUAGACUGUUAAAAAGAUGGCAACCCCCAGUAUUCGAUUUGACAUUUUUCGUUAAUCUUCACUUCCGUGCUUAUUAUCAAAAGGAUUCCGAGUAAACUAAAAGAUGGAUUCUCUAGGACACUGCGACGAUACGGAUAUACAGGCCAUUCUUGGUCGCGACGAAGAUUUUGUUGGAAUGGAGAACGACGUCUUGCCAGACUUUGCUCAGUUGGAGCAUUUCAUCAACAGCGAGAAUGACGAGCAAAAUGAUUACUUUGCGGACACGCUGGCCAACCAAGAAGCGUCACGACACAAUGAAUCAAUCGUUCCUCCUGGAACCGUAUCUUCUUGUGACAUUGUGGCCGAUUCGUUGGAUUUAAUAACCGCCCACCGAUCGCUUUCCAAUGCUGCAAGGAUGAGCACAUUAGCCAAUUUUACAAACCAAAACCAUCAUCAGCAGCCUUGUCGAUCGCGUAUUAGUGAGACGCUAAGGACCCGGGCGCUAGGGAGACAAUACAGCCCUGGAGUUGGAGCCCCUAUCCCUUGCGGAAAUUACAAUAUGACACAUGGAAUUUCUGGAAUGCCCGAGAGUCCACCAGACUCGGCAUCUGAGCCGCCAUAUUCGCCCCCAGAGACGAACCGAUCCUGCUCUAGCAUCGGGAGUUCGCCUUUAGAUGACCAUGGUACCAGUCAGCGCUAUGCUUUUCCCGCUGAUAACUAUGAAUCAAUUUUCGGCGGACUCGAUCUGAAGAGCGAGUCGGUUAACUCUCGACAGCCACAGCAGCCACAUAUCGGCUACGGAGUAUCCAAUCCGAGCCUCCAGCCGAAUGCUUUGCACAGCAUUUUAUCUCCCGCUGUCCAGAGUACUCCCCCGAACUCUGCUGGGUCGUCACUGCCAAUCAGCCUGAACGUUAGAUCGUGCCUCAAUCCAAAUGUUACGCCGACCAUCUACACGAUCGAAGACCACGCCGCAAACAGUCCGCUCAUCAACUUAGCCUCGUCUAGUGGCGCCCCUGAAGAGAAUAGCGGAAGCGAAAAUGACAUUUCUCCUUCCAGUAGGACUGUCCAGCAAAAGAAACGGAAACUCUCGGUGACGGAAUGCUUCCCUAUCGGCGGAGGAAACCCAAUUGGCGCAACCACCACAUCACCAAGAGUCAAGCAAGAACCACAGCAUUCCAUUACUGGACAAGGCAUGAGUCCUCGUCAAAUAUCAGCUACAGGAACCGAUGAGGACUACAGCUACGAAUUCAGCGCCGACAGUAGCAUGUUCAACGACAGCUAUCAAUGCAUCCGCUUCCAGGCCUUCCAACAAAACAGCUGGCAUUCGCUGUUCGACGGCAACUUCAAAGAGCUACCAUUGCCCAGUUACCGAAUCGACGCAGACAAAGGUUUUAACUUCUCCAACACGGACGAAGCCUUCGUUUGCCAAAAGAAAAACCAUUUUCAGAUUACGUGUCACGUGCAGCAAGCCGGAGAGCCGUAUUACGUGAAAACUUCAGAGGGUCUUAAGAAGGUCGACAAUUUUUUCUUGCACUUCUUUGGGGCCAAAGCUGAAGCGCCUACUCAGAUGAUUCGCGUCGAGCAGUCGCAAAGUGACCGAAGCAAAAAACCUUUCCACCCCGUCCUUUUGGAGUUGCAGCAAGAUCAAGUGUCCAAGAUCACUGUGGGUAGAUUGCACUUUAACGAAACGACGGCGAAUAACAUGCGCAAGAAGGGGAAACCCAAUCCUGACCAGCGUUUCUUUAAUCUCGUUGUGAGCCUUCAGGCCCACUGCGGUGACACCACCUUUUGCGUUAUAGCUCACUCAUCUGAGCGCAUCAUUGUUCGGGCCUCGAACCCUGGCAUGUUUGAAAAUGAAGUUGAACAAAAUUGGCAAAGGGGAACCUUUUCUGAUUCCAUUUUUCAUGCUGGUCGAGUUGGAAUCAAUACGGACAGACCUGACGAGGCUUUGGUUAUUCACGGCAACCUGAAAAUUACUGGCCACUUGGUUCAACCCUCUGAUCGAAGAGCCAAAGAAGGCAUUGAAGAGGCCGAUACUAAGGAACAGUUGCGCAAUGUCCAAGCAUUGCGUGUGGUCCACUACAAAUACACAGAGGAAUUCGCCGAGACUGCUGGACUGAAAGAAGACGAGCGAGGAGAUACCGGAGUUAUUGCACAAGAAGUCGAAUCGAUUAUUCCCGAUGCCGUUAGACCUGCUGGGAAUAUUGUUUUACCCAAUGGCAGGCAAAUCGAAAACUUCUUAGUCGUCAACAAGGAACGCAUUUUUAUGGAGAACGUUGGUGCAGUCAAAGAACUAUGCAAAGUUACAGAUAACCUUGAAACACGCAUAGACGAACUAGAGAGAAUGAACCACAAAUUAGCAAAACUAAAGCGACUUGAUAGUAUUCGUUCAUCUGCUAGCGGCUCAACAGCAGCGAGCAAUCUAACUUUGAGUGUUGGCCGUCAUCGUAAACAUUGCAAAAUGACGCCCUCCGAAGGAAAUCCGAUUUGCGCAAAUCGAGUCAUCCAGGCCACCGUCAUAAUUUUGGUUAUGAUCAUGGCGCUGUGCUUGGUUGCAAUGGCAACACUCUACAUUCUAGAGUGGCAAAAACGUAAUACUGAUAACUUGAUAGCUUCUACCAAUGGACAGCAAACCAAUUCGGAAUUUCACACCGUACUUAAUUACACGGAUCCGUCAAUGGACUACGUCUACCUGCCAGAUAGUGACCCGACUUCUCUCGCUGACAAUAAGAAUUUCAAACCUCCAGACGUGGCCACGACUUUGUCAACUAGUAAUUCGACCACCAUCAGUGUGAUUAGCUCUUCACGCAGCAUCCCCUUACCGACGAAACAAGACAGUCUAGCCAGUAACUUGUCGAGCUCGUCGCGCUUCUACACAUCGUUGACUAGUAGCAAACCCAAUGCCGUUGGCCAACCUGACUCUUGCACGACAACCACUUCUUGUCAGGUCUACUGCUGUGCAGGUAAUGAAUUAGUGAUGACUACCACCCACAUCCCAACAAGUACAUCUACUACAAGAAGGGAUUUCCAAAACGAAAAUACUUCUACCGAGCGUGCUCUUGACACUAGCGGAAUCUACGAAGUGUCUAGCCGCUCGCCAACGGAAGACGAACUGGGUAAUAACGUCGAACACUUUAACAACAAAGAAGGGAAGAAUCGUCCUUUUGGCGGGCCUAGCGAUCUUGCCACUGGAUUAUUGAGAGAUAUCAACAGACAGUUCAAUCUGCAGAAACAACGGGACAAAAAAACAGUCCGUGUUCCCCGUCAAAAGCGCCAUUUAUUAAUUCAGAACAGAGAACUAGGAUACCGUGGCCCGGCGGACGCGGAAUUUACACUUGGACGCACUCACAUCCCAAGCAUCAAGCCCACAUCCACUCAAGCUACAACUUGGGACGGCCGAGUCACUUACAUACGACUGGUGGGUUCAAACUUCAAUGUUACGCUUGGACCUAACUACUGCAUGCCCAACAGUGAUGAGUAUAUUCGAUGUCUGAAUGGCGACGCGGUCAACUACACCUACGGCAUCCCGCUUAGCAAGCACAUGCCCGAUCGCAGUUUAACCCUGCAAUUUCAUUUCACCAACAGCAUCAGCUUCCAGCCGGACCAGUGUACGUCUCCAGUACGCUUAGGUGCUUGCCCUGAUGGCCAGAGAGAUACGAUGGGAGCCAAUAGCAUUCAACGCGGUCCUACUCUUAAUCAUGUUGACUCGGUGGCGCGCACGUUCUUCAUAGAUGUUGGACGUUCCUCCAUUGUGGCCUAUCGCUUCCGUUUCCCUGUACUUAGAGGAGACACAGUGGACUUGUGCAGCAAACCUAACACUUCGUUGGGAGAAAAAUACGUCGAAUAUAAUUUGGUUUUCUACCGGGUCUGCGGUGAUUGAGUUGAGAGCAGUUCUGGCCUUAAAAACAGAGAAGCGCAAAUAAAAAUACAUUUAAUACCUUACCGUUUGAGAGAGUAAGCAGAUAAUGGACGCCGACCAUAUAUAUUGGAGCGCGAUAAACACAUGGUUUUUUUAUUGUUUUUUUUUUUUUUUUUUUUUUUUUUUUUUGUAUUGUUUGUUUUGUUUCAAAUAUUCGGCUUUUAAAAAUCUGUACUCACUUAUAAAUGGCCAUUUUCGUCCCCCUCCCCUUACACAGAUGUUAAUACUCCUGCUUCCGCUGUAUGCGAAUUAUCCAAUCAUGCAAUCAAGAAUAACAGAAGCGGUUACCAACUUAAUUAAUGAUUUGCAUCAAACUGAUUUCUCCUCUACAAGUACUAUACCAAGUUGUGCCAAUCGCUUUUGUUAUCUUCCAACCAUUAUUACAAUUUGUACAUCCUGCAACAGGCAUUGGUUUCUUAAACCCGAGCUUGUAUUGGGAUGUUUCUGGACCCAAUUAAUUUCAUUCCAUUUCUAAACGUCUGCGUCGGUGUUGCAUGCAACCCUUUUUCUACACGUCUUAAACCGUCGGUGGAAUUUCGUCAAAAAGCGUCCACACUUUUUAAGUUGUCAUAUACAUUUUGCCCAUAUCCUCAACCAGAUAUUUCUUGGAACACCCUGUUUAGUCUAUCAAGCAUCAACUUUGACGAACCGCCCAUUUGAAAAUCAGCUUGCAAAUUCAAAAUCAUAAUGUGGUAGGCGUAUGCUUGUUUAGAGAAUUGGCCAGCUGAACCAAUUCUUUUUCUCUCGCUAUUUUUUGGAAAUCGUUUAAACCCAAUACAUAUAUAUUGUAUACAUUUCACUUUUUUUGCGCUUUAGACCUGUUUAGAUUAUAUUUACUCUUAUUAUGUCUACAGUCUACACAAUUUCUUAGAUCUAUUUCUUACACUUAUUUGUAGCCUUCUCACUUUUCCGCCUACAUAAAAGGUAUGCAUGUUGUGUAUCAUUUAUCUUUUUUUACAUGCACAACAAAUAUACGAGGUGAUUUCAAA